AUGACUCCGAAAUUCCAAGUGCUCAAGGGCAAGAAGCCGCUUUCCUUCAGGCAUCUGAUGGCGCUCAAGCAGAUUGGUGACAACACCUUUGAAUCUUUGACGCCUGCCUGGCCUCCGGCUCCGCACAUCAGAGCCUUCGGUGGACAUGUCUAUGCUCAGGCCAUGUAUGCAGCCAGUAAGACUGUGGAUCAAGGCUUUGUUGUUCAUCAAAUGACAGGUUACUUCAUCCUGCCAGGGGCGAUCGACACGCCGUUCAGCUACCGCGUCCGCAAACUUCGGGAUGGUGGGAUUUACUGUCUCAGAAGCGUCGAUGUCUUCCAAGAAUCUGAAGCGGCAGCAAGAGGUACGUCGCCUUGUUUUGUGGCGACGAUUUCAUUCAAGCGGUCGGAGCUGGCCAGCAAGAAAUGGGUUGGGUUCGAGCAUCAAAAUGUUUCCAAGGACCACCUUAAGUCGACCUAUGCGAGUGUCCUAGGAGGGUUAAAUCCUGAAAAUCAUCCCGAAGCGCCCGGAGCAGAUGCUUUGUGGUGGGAAGAAGAAGAGGCCGACGCCUGGAACCGUACCGCUGCUGCCUUUCCUGGCGUGGAAACGAGGAAAGUGGACAUGACCAAAUAUAAUGGAAAAAUCGAGCCAGGAGGUGGCAAGGAGGGUCAAGGGGCUUCGCGAUAUCGACAGUUGCUCUUUUAUCGCCUCGUCCAGGACGACGAGCCAUCGGAGAGGAAGCAAGCGGCCACCGACUUGAAUCUCCACGCCGCCGCCCACCUCUAUGCUUCUGACAAGAACUCUCUCUUCCUCAUCCCACGCGCCCUGGGAUACGAGCGCGUCGUAACGACGAUGGCUUCGCUGUCACAUACAGUCGUCUUCCAUGGCCUAGCAGAUCAUCUGCGCAUGGUUGAUGGGGAUGGUGAAUCAAAAUGGUUUGUUCAAGAAGCCUGGACCAGCAACAGUGGUGAUAAUCGAGCUUGUCAUAAUAGUAUUCUCUGGGACUAUGACACUGGCCGAGUAAUUGGAACCACGAUCCAAGAUGGGAUGAUCCGGUUUCCCCGUGACCCUUCUGGACACGUCAAGCAUUACGAACGGUCAAGAUCAGAGAAGGGAGGAAGCAAGCUUUAG